AUAAUUCAUGAAACGUCUCGAAUGUGAAAUAUUUGCACGAAACAUGCGGUUUCAGCGCAGCACGUCGCGUCGGUCCGAGCAACAGAGUGCCCCGUGUGUUGUGUACACCCCCGCCCACGUAUUAUUUGUGUGUGCGGCAGCCAGCCCACGCUUUCCUCGGUGAUUCAACGGGGAAAGCAACCGCCUGCAACAGACCUCCUUUCCACGCGGACCACGCGGAUGAUGUAUUCGCUAAUCCGCGAGAAACAAUCCCGGGCGCGUUAUCGUGCCGCGUAAAGAGAAACCAUCUUAAUGCGACACUGCGGACGAGUAUGAUUCUGGCUGGAUCAGACCACUUCUUGGCGGUACCUGUGGAAGCGACUGCAGUUUUGGGUGCCGUUGCCGGUUUCGUAGUGCUCCUGCUAGCUCUCUUUCUUUACCUGUCCCGGAAGUGGUGCUUCACACCGCCCUCAUCCACCACGCUCUUCGGUGGAGUCUGUGUGCCUCUCUGUGAGUCCACCAACAGCUCCACAUCUCAAAUCUCGAAAAACAUAGGCAAGGCAUUUUCUUAUUCGGAUCCAGAAACAAGUUCCGAUUCAGAGGAAGACGCUCUCCGACGAUUAAAUUCGCGUUCACUUCCUCCGCCGGAUACGUUGACUAUCCAAGCGGAGGACGGACCAACGACUAUCUUAGAUGCUGGGACCACUUCCAGUAGUUGCACUGAGGAACACUCUCCAGCAGAUCAACAACAGUGCGUGGUGGAAGUUGGAGCUUCUAGCAUUAUACUCGAUAAUCGAGAGCAGGAGAUACAAGUUGAGCAAAAUGACUCUACGACCAAUGACGUCAUCACAACGAUGGGUACAGUGGCUACCGAGGAAGUUGGUAGUCUGGAAGUCGCUUUCCUGUAUGAUGCUCCAAUGCGUGAGAUGACAGUUCAUGUCUUACAAGGACGGAAUUAUCCUCCUGGCAUUAAUGGCAGUCAGGUACGAUUAGUCUUGCUACCAUCAAAAAAACAAAGACGUAAAACACGAGUUCGACAAGGGACAUCUCCGCAAUACAUGGAGAGUUUUUUGCUUCCUCGUGUAAAUCCAGAGGAUGUAAAUGCAAUGGGAGUACGGCUCAGAGUAUAUCUGUGGGGUGGCAGAAUGAUGCGUCGGGAAAGAUUGCUGGGCGAAGCCAGAGUGUCUUUCGAUCACAUUAAUCUCCAAUUGGAAACGACUCUGUGGUUAACUCUUCAACCCCCACUUUCUUCCUCGGCACAGGAUUGGGGAACUACCAGCAGUCUAACUCGUAGCGAUUCCACGGGAUCCCAACAGUCGGUCCAAUCGUAUGCUUCUCCGGCUAUACCACCUUACGGCAGCAGCAUGAAGGGGGGCAGUGUUGCUGAAAUCCUAAUCGGUUUGGCGUACAACGGCACGACAGGUCGCUUAUCAGUUGAAAUAAUCAAGGGUUCCCAUUUCCGUGGUGGAGGCGGAAAUGAUACGAAACCUCCUGAUACUUACGUCAAAUUGGCUCUUGUUGAUACCAAUAAUCAUGAAAUGGGCCGAUCUAAGACCGGUUUGAAACGUGCCCAACCGAAUCCCCUCUAUAAGGAGACUUUUAUAUUUCAGGUUGCGUUGUUUCAAUUGGGAGACGUGACACUCUACCUCUCUGUAUACAAUCGUCGACGAGGUGGAAUGGGUAGGAAAGGGCGAGAAAUGAUCGGCUGGCUCUGUUUGGGUCUGAACAGCUCCGGAUCUGAAGAGCUACAGCAUUGGAACGACAUGCGGACGGCGAGGCAACCGAUACAAGUGCAACGCUGGCAUUCGCUACUGCGUCCUUGAGGUGUCUUCGUGUGAGUGCCUCUAAUGGAUUCAUUCUUGAUGCAGUUAUUCGAGCGCGAAACGAUUUCACCGGUACUCGCCGAGGAGUAGCGGAAAUAGAUGGGCGUUUCUAGAAAAGAACAAUUGUUCGCGGCAGGCUUUAUCUUGAAAGAGAUUUCAAUUCUUUCUCCUCAUCUUAUGGAGACACACUGUGUACUGCCUGGUUGAAGAACGGAAGUCAAUAUUCCAAUCGGUCUGUCAAUUCCGAAUCAGAGCACGAACAAUACAAGAGAGUGUCCAGGUAGUAUAAAAACGUUCUUAACUUCCGUGUCUACAUAAAUGAAGCAAAUGACAAAUAUAAUAAUGACA